CUUAUUCCUUCUCUUUCAACUCAGAAAAGCAAAUUUCCUUUGUUGGAUUCCCUGCUCUGCCUUCAUGCUUGCCUCAGGCUAGCAAUGGCUCGUAAGAAGGUGAACCUCCAGUACAUCCCCAAUGAUUCCACCCGUCGUGACACAUUCAAGAGGCGCACCCGUGGCCUCAUGAAGAAGGCCAAUGAGUUGGCCAUCUUGUGCGAUGCUAAGCCAUGUGUCGUCAUCUAUGGCGAGGGCGAGCCAGUGCCGCAGGUGUUCCCAUCGCACGCCGAGGCGGCGACCGUCAUAAACCAGUUCAAGAACAUGUCAGAACUAGAGAAGCACACGAAGAUGGACCAUGAGUUGUUCCUCCUCCAGCGCAUUCACAAGUUGCAGGGCCAGGUGCACAAGUCCGAGCGCAACUGCAAGGAGCAUGAGAUCAGGUCCCUCUUGCAGAAGGCCAUGUUGGGAAACCUCCCCAACCUCACGGGGCUUUCUAGUGAGGAUAUUAAUAAUGCUGGAUCGGAGGUGGAGGUGCUCCUCAAGAGAAUUGGCAACCGCAUCACGAAGAUUCGUGACCAACAAUUGGUCUACCGGCCUUCCCCGGUGCAGGCGCCGACUCCCAAUGUCAUCUGAAUUAACACCAUUGAGCCUGCGAUGAUCUAUAUGGAUAAAGUGUCAUCCCAUUACCAGGAGAGUUGGCUUGAGAAGUUGAAGUUCAGAGGAGGGGACCUCGGUGCUCUCGUGUAUAGUGGCUUCAAUGGUGGUUGUGAUGGUGCCACCUCUAGCGAUGGCUUCGGUGGCGUUCAGCUCUUCGAUCUAGGUGAUGGGCCCGUUUUUCCAUGAGGUACCAUCAAUCCCGGGGAAAUCUUUAAGUUCUUGCUAUCCUAUUAUGGAGGGAGAGGCUCCCCACAACACAUGCAUGGCCAAUUACAUGUGUCGUCUCAAUUGUUCAUCUAUCUCUUAUAUGUUUUGUCAUUAUAUUUUGCUUCAAGCGACAUGUCCCAUC